ACCCAACCCAGACUAAACCCAGUUUUAGCAAAAGACUGACACCGGUAAUUCUUACUAGAAUCCUGGUCACUGGUCGCUGAUUGAGGAAUUAGAAACCAUAAUCUCUUAGAACAUCAGGGAGACCCGCCGCUCUGUCGUCGCCUUUCUCUGCAACUCUACCAAGCGCAGGAUAAGAAACCUACACACCCUAUGCGCAUCUAAGUUCACUCACAUCACAUCUAUGGGCUCCAUUUCCACUCACUCUCUCUACUUCCAUCCUAAGAUCUCACUUAGGCUACAAUCUGAACCUCGUGUUCAUGGCGGGCUUUUGUCGUUCCCAAAUACUAUUGCGACGUCGUUUACUACUACUACUACGAGUAGACGAAGAAAUUUUUUAAGGUUUAGGAGCUUGACUGUGAGAGCGGCGGCGGAUGGAGGCUCUCGACGGGCUGCGAGCGGCCGGAGAGUGUACAGGCAGUCUCAGGGAGAGAGUGCGUUGCCUAACGCUCCUGUUCAGCAAAUUGCAUCCGUUGUUAUGCCAGCUGGCGCUUUUCUUGUUGUUACUUUCGUUUUGUGGAAAUUGGUGGAGAAAAUGAUGAUGCCAAAGCCAAAACGGGCAGCAAUAGUGGAAAACAAAUCACCCUCAAAAGGAAUGAAUUGGUCUUUUGCGGCUGGAAGUAAUUUAUUUCCCGGUUUAACUGCUAAGAUUGACAGAGAAUCCAAGCAGAAGCUCAAUGAAUUUGCUAAAGAACUUAGAUCCUUUAGCAUUGUUGACAUGUCAGGGUGUAACUUUGGAGAUGAAGGGCUAUUUUUUCUUGCUGAAAGCAUAGCAUACAAUCAGACUCUAGAGGAAGUGAGUUUUGCUGCAAAUGGAAUAACUGCAGAAGGAGUAAAAGCCUUUGAUCGGGUUCUCCAAUCAAACAUUGUGCUGAAGACACUAAACUUGUCUGGAAACCCUAUAGGAGAUGACGGAGCUAAGAGUUUAUCUGAUAUAUUAGCGGAUAAUGCUGGCAUUGAAAAGCUCCAGCUGAACAGUACCGACUUGGGUGAUGAGGGUGCAAAGGCUAUUGCAGACUUGUUAAAGAAAAAUCCAAACCUGCGUGUGAUUGAACUCAACAACAACAUGAUUGAUUAUUCUGGUUUUACAAGUCUUGCUGGAUCAUUUUUGGAAAAUGCAACUUUGCGAAGUAUAUAUCUCAAUGGCAACUAUGGCGGUGCUUUGGGGGCUAAUGCUUUGUCUAAAGGAAUUGAGGGGAAUAAAGCUUUACGGGAACUUCACUUGCAAGGAAAUUCUAUUGGAGACGAAGGAGUUCGUGCUUUGAUGUCAGGCUUAUCAUCCAGUAAAGCUAAACUUACCCAUCUGGAUAUUGGCAACAACUCACUUAGUGCAAAGGGAGCCUUUCAUGUUGCUGAAUAUAUUAAGAAAAGCAAGAGUUUGUUCUGGAUGAAUAUGUACAUGAAUGACAUAGGUGAUGAGGGUGCUGAAAAGAUUGCGGACGCUCUAAAGCAGAACCGGAGUUUGGCAAACAUAGACCUGGGGGGAAAUAACAUACAUGCCAAGGGGAUAAGUGAAAUAGCUCAAGUGUUGAAAGAUAACUCCAUCAUUACAACAUUGGAAGUUGGUUAUAAUCCUAUUGGACCUGAUGGAACCAAAGCAUUGUCUGAAGUUCUUAAGUUUCAUGGAAACGUAAAAGCAUUAAAGCUUGGUUGGUGCCAGAUAGGAGCAAAAGGCGCAGAGGACAUUGCAGAUACUUUGAAAUACAAUAACACCAUAUCUAUUCUAGACUUGCGAGGAAAUGGACUUAGAGAUGAAGGUGCAAUUUGCCUGGCUCGCAGUUUGAAAGUGGUCAAUGAAGUUCUCACUGAGCUUGACUUAGGAUUCAAUGAAAUAAGAGAUGAUGGGGCUUUUGCUAUUGCCCAAGCACUCAAGGCUAAUGAAGAUGUGAAAAUUACCUCUUUAAACCUUGCAAACAACUUCCUCACAAAAUUUGGUCAGAGUGCUCUCUCUGAUGCAAGAGACCAUGUAUACGAGAUGAACGAGAAGGAAGUGAACAUUGUUUUCUAGAAGAACUGAAUUUUCUAGACAGGGAGGUAGCUUUUCUCAUAUGUUAGGACAGGAGGAGCUAUUCCUUUUUUUGCUUAUUCCUUUUUCACGGCAAAUAUAGGUAAGAAUUCACACUUAAAAAGAUUUUUGAUUUAUAGCCAACACAUCAAGUUGAGCAUCGGAAUUUUUGAGAGAUCAUAGUUAGCUUCACAACUUACAGUUUUAAGUCAAUGUAAGCUGUUUCGUGACAUUGAGUAGGGUUUAGAAUUUAGAUACAAGCUUCCUUGUUUUUGGUCAUUCUGUUUAUAGUAGUUAGUCGAUGAAAGUUUGUUGUGAUUUAUUUCAAUCUGUCUGUUAUGAUUUAGUUCAAUCCAGAAAUAAGUGAUUUGCAAAACAUCAUUGUAAUAUUAUUCCAGUACCUGGUUCCUGGGUGGUUGAGUUUUUUUUC